GUUCCCGUUUCCAUUCCCUCCCCUCUCCUGUGGGUGUCGUUCAGAUCAUGAGACUCAGGAACAUACUACUAAAACUCCAAUGGUGAACUAGAGAUGUGGUCCUUUCAUGGUGAAGCGCUUCUUCUUUCUAAUCUGUUCAGCCUUGUGGCUGGGCUGCCGUUUCAAACUUCCUAUUUGUCCCAGGAGCCGUUCCUCACGGUUUGGAACGCCCCGACUGCCACCUGCCUCUCUCAGUAUGGAGUGAACCUCGAUUUGGGGACGUUCAGCAUUGUCCAGAACCAGAACCAAACCUUCAUUGGUGACAACAUUACCAUCUUCUACGCUGAAAAGCUCGGCCUGUAUCCGAGGUACUCCAACCAAGGGGAGGCCAUAAAUGGAGGGGUGCCACAGAACUGCAGCCUCGAUGAACACCUCAGAGUUGCCAGCGAAAGCAUCCACAACUUUAUCCCCGACAGGGACUUCCAGGGCCUGGCUGUGGUGGACUGGGAGAGUUGGAGGCCUGUGUGGGAGAGGAACUGGGACAGUAAGGAGGUGUACUGGAGGGGGUCGAAACAGCUGGUGAAGUCCAGACAUCCAGACUGGACUCCUGCUCAGAUAAACGCGGAGGCACGUGAGGACUUCGAAGACGCUGCGAGGAAAUUCAUGGCGGAAACCGUGGAGCUGGGGCGGAAGUUGAGGCCGAAUGGUUUGUGGGGUUUUUACGGUUUUCCCAACUGCUACAACUACUACAAUGAAAAAAGCGCCGGCUACACAGGUGAGUGUCCGGAUGUGGAGCUGAAGAGGAACAACGAGCUGUCCUGGCUGUGGAACGUCUCCACUGCUCUGUACCCUGACAUCUACCUGAGCCUCGAGAUGCGAGGCCUCGGCAGAGAGGUGCUCCUCUACGCUCACCACCGCGUCAAGGAGGCCAUGAGAGUCGGCGCUCAGGCGACCCCAUCCGCGCCGCCUGUGUUCCCUUACGCCCGCAUCGUCUACACCUACACUCUACAGUUCCUCUCUCAGGAGCACCUGGUCUACACGGUCGGAGAGAGCGCCGCCUUAGGAUCAGCAGGGGUGGUGCUUUGGGGUGACCACGCCUUUUCCAAAUCUCAGGCUACCUGCGAGGCCGUCAAAGCCUACGUCGACGACACUCUGGGCCCUUACCUGGUGAAUGUGACGGCGGCCGCCGUUAUCUGCAGUCGGACCAUGUGCUCGUCUCAGGGUCGGUGCCAGAGGAGGGACCCGACCUCGAGGGCCUACCUCCACCUCGACCCUCAAGCAUGGAAGGUGGUGUCCACGGAGAAGCCGGGAGGAGGAAGGAACUACAGAGUUUCAGGGCAGACGUGGCCACACAAUUUAAAACAGAUGAAGCAUGAGUUUCAGUGCGUGUGUUACCCAGGUUGGACCGGAGAGAACUGCUCCAAGCCAGUUCAUGGAGCAGACGAUUCUUGACGGAGGUAGGCCAGAGUGAGUGCAUGUGGUCUUUUGUGAAUGUAAAUCUCUGAAUCAUUGCUCACAUAAUGGAUGUGUUACAAAAUUACAUGAAAUUGUUUUUGUGAUUAGUAAAGUAUUUUAAACUUUCAACCUUGCAUUUUUACUUUCUCUUUCUUUUUUUUUUCUUUUUUUACAUUUGUUUGUGUGUAAGUUGUUGCAGACACUUGAGUUUGGUGCUAGAUCAACCUAAAGAGGCAAUUUUAAGAUAUUUACAUACAAGAUGAUUUAGAAGCAAGUUACAAAAUAAAGUUAAAAUAAAUGAGCAAAUUAAAUUAAGUGUGGUGUGGAAACAUCAAACCUCCAGCUCCAGUUACAUUUCAGUCACUUUCACUUUUUCCUUUAAAACUAAGGAAAUACUCUUGUACGUUUUAUUGUUUUUACAACAGACAUUUUAUCUAAUCCUGGCUUUAAAACCACAGGUGGAAACUAAUGGUGCCUUCGAAUUUAACUCAUGGCUUGUGAACUGGGGCGUCUGCUCAACCACGUGAAUUACAGGGACGCCCCGACAUUAUGUUUUUAUGUUUUGAUUUUCCAGUGAACAGAAAUCUGUUUGUUACCGUUGCUCAGAUAUUCAGGGACUGUUUUGAAGGGCAUGUAUUUACCUUGUUUGUUUCCAUUUCGUGCCACUUUAUACUUUGAGUGGAACAAAUAAUGUUGUUACUCAUGACAUGUAGCCUAUUAUUUUACAGUUACUACUUCUUGUGUUGAACAUACUGUCGGUCAAAUCAAUUUCAUACUUCCCAAUGAAUUCUUUAACUUUUAUACUUUGCGUGACUCUUGUAAUGGUGCGGUUACUUGAAAUUAAAGCUUUUGAAUAUUUUUGUACCAAC